AUGGCUGAUGAUCUCGAAGAACCCUCAGGAUCUCAACCCAUUCUCCAACAAACCUCUGAACCAAAACCUUCAAUAUAUGUGUGGAUUUUCCAAGUUGUAUCCGUGUUGAUACUUUCCUCGGUGGUAAUAUGGCUAUGUCUAACUCCAAAGAGUCCCAUUUGCAUCAUCACCCACGCCUACAUUCCAGCCUUAGACGGUGGGAAUUCUACCUCUUAUCAUCCCCACAACACCUCCAUUCUCCUGAAUUUCGAGUUCUUAAACCCCAACAAAAGGAUGGGAAUCUACUACAAGGACAUCUGCAUAACAUUGUACUGCAGUGAUGCUGUCAUUGGCUCCAACUCUUUGCCGGAUUUCUAUCAAGGUUACAGAAUGACUACAGCUUAUGAAGUGCUAGUGAGUGCUGAUCGACAGUUCUGUAAAGGAAUUACAGAUGGAACAGCACCGUUAAAGGUUUGCUUGGAAAGUGUUGUCAAAUAUAAGAUAUUCAGAUCCAAGACAAAGCAUCACCGGUUAUUUAAUGAAGCUUAUUUGCGUAUCGGUUCCAAUGGGAGGAUGUCAGGAGAGAAGAAUAUAAAGCUAAUGCACCACAAGUGCAAGCUGACAAAAAAUUGA